UCACUGUCACAGCGGGCACAUGUUGAAUCAGCACCGGUGAGGCUGUUUGACUAGCAGCAGAGCAAAACAAACAGAUUAAUAUGUCGGUAUUUCACGACGAGGUUGAAAUCGAAGAUUUUGAAUAUGACGAAGAAACAGAAACAUAUUAUUUUCCCUGUCCUUGUGGGGACAGAUUCGCCAUAACGAAGGAGGAUCUGGAGAAUGGUGAAGAAGUGGCCACCUGUCCGAGCUGCUCACUAAUAGUGAAAGUAAUCUAUGAUAAGGAGCAAUUCAUGUGCGGAGAAGUGAUUGAAGCACCAAAAAUGUCCGAAAACAAACUGGAGCUGGCCCAGAGCUGAGAUGUUCACAGAACUCCUGCACCUGACUCUAAGAUAUCAUAAUGGAUUUAAAACACACAUCUCUCAUUUCACAGAGUUCCUGCUAGGUUUGCAGAUCUUUUGUGAGGACAACUUACUGGGCCUCAGUGACUCAAGACACUUUUAGCACCAAGAUUUUGCACAUGAAUUAUCAGUCUGUUGUUAAAACUAUUUAUUUAUUUUUUUAAAAAGACCUUUUUAAAAAUAUUCCCUCUGUUCUCAUUUGAAAAUAAAUGUUCAGGAAUUUUAAUCACCUGGAGCUUGUUUGCAAUGUAAUCUUUAAAAAGAUUUUUAUUCAUGCUGGUCAUUGGAGGAUACACUACCAAUCAUACGUUUGGACACACCGACUCUUAUUUAAUAUUGCUGUAUUCCAUAAUGAAGGUAACUCACAACUCAAAAGACUAACGGUUAAAAACAAAACACAACUUCCACUUCAAAAUCAAAUCAAAAAAUGAUUGCCCAUGUAAUGUUAAACUCAAAAUCAACAGCAUGUCAUGCUCAGACUCCCGCUUUCCCAGAGCAGCAUAAUCUCUGUGAGCAAAUUCUGCAACGUGAGCUACAUGCUUUUGCUUUUUGAACACCAGGGUGUGCCAUUGGUUCAACAACACUGAUAAAGUAGUGUGUACAGAAGAAUUCCCUAUUUCACUGUAGGGGGAAGGUAUGACACCAGUUUGAAGUUUACUAAAUAGCCUAAGAGUAGCCCAGUUGCAGUGGUUGAGGAAAAUAUUCUGUGGUCCGACCAUUUUUAAUAGUAAUGGUAGUAAUAAAGAAAUGAAAUUCAAAGUAAUAUGAAAAGGAUGAGGCUAAAAUCACAUUGCCCACACAAUACCUACAGUGAAGUAUGGCUGUUGUAGCAUUGUACUGUAAGGUGCUUUUUAUCAAAAGAGAAGGGAGCAUAAAUGCACGAAAGAAUUUGUUUCGGUUCGUUAAACAACUGAUGCUUGAUAGAAAGAUUAUCUUUCAGCAGGACAAUGAUCAUAAUACAAGGCCAAAUUAAGAUUGAAGUGUCCCAAGAACAAAAAGGUAAACGUCCUAUAUGCCGAUUCAAAUGAAAAUUUGUGCCACUAAUUCAUAAUUCAAACAUUCUGUAGCAAAUCAGCCUACCUGGGAGAAAGGGCUGAUACCAUUCCUGCAUAUUAUGCAAAGCUUGUACAUUAAAAGCCCAAAUAUUUAAUGCUGUAAUUGCUGCAAAAGGAGGCUGUCCCAAAUGUAGGGAUUGUAUUCUUACACAAACAGCAUAUUUCCGUUGUUAAGGGUAGUUCCUCAAAAUUAUGUCAGAUUAAGAUUAAUUUAGAGUCUGAGCGCUUUGAAAUAGAUUUAGGGCUAACCCGAACCCAUAACAAAACAUAUAUUCAAGAUGUGUAAUUGUAUUGAAGCAAGAGAAUUCUGUAUGCACAAUGUAAAGUAUAGCCAGUAACUUUAAUAUUAUAAUUAUUAUAAUGAUUUUAUUAUUUUUUUUUCUCCCCAAUUUGGAAUGACCAAUUCCCAAAUGCACUCUAAAUCCUCGUGGUGGCGAAGUGACUCGCCUCAAUCCGGAGGACGAAUCUCAGUUGCCUCCGUGUCUGAGACCAUCAAUCCGCACAUCUUAUCACGUGGCUUGUUGAGCGCGUUACCGUGGAGACGUGAGCGUGUGGAGGCUUCACGCUAUUCUCCGUGGCAUCCACGCACAACUCGCCACAUGCCCCACCGAGAGCGAGAACCACAUUAUAGUGACCACGAGGCGGUUACCCCAUGUGACUCUACCCUCCCUAGCAACCGGGCCAAUUUGGAUGCUUAGGAGACCUGGAUGGAGUCACUCAGCACACCCUGGAUUCAAACUUGCAACUCCAGGUGUGGUAGUCAGCGUCUUUACUUGCUGAACUACCCAGGCCCCCCAUUGUUUUUAUUUUUUUUAAGAAAUAUAUUUUAAGGUUAAAAAUUUUGCACCUUUUUGGACCAGAAGGUCCCCCUUGUGCCACCAAAACAGCACCAACCCGCAUCUCAGUAUAGCAUUCUGAGAUAAUAUUCUUCUCACCACAAUUGUACAGAGCAGUUAUCUGAGUUACCAUAGACUUCCUUUUGGUGUAAAUUCUAGAGACUGUUGUGUGUGAAAAUCCCAGGAGAUCAGCAGUUACAGAAAUACUCAAACCAGCCCAUCUGGCACCAACAGUCAUGCCACGCUCCAAAUCACUGAGAUCACAUUUUUUCCCCAUUCUGAUGGUUGAUGUGAACAUUAACUGAAGCUCCUGACCCGUAUCUGCAUGAU